UAACAGACGUGAGGGGGGGGGAGGGCAUGAAGUGAAGGAAACAAAGAAGUGAGACAAAAUGUAUGGGCAAGGACAGAAAGGAGUCAAAAAGAAGGAAGGAAGAGAAGGAAAGAAAAGGGAGCAGUUAAGCCACAAAUGAUGGGAUGCAAGUAAAAAGGGAAAGAGGAAGGAUUGAAGAAAGGAGGAAAAGGGAUUAAAGGAGGAAAGAGAUGAGCAAGGACAAGCGGGGGGGAAGUGUGGGGGAAAUCCAAACUCAGUUAAAGAAGGAAAUAAGGAAGGUCACGAGGAAAUGAAGAAAAUGAAUAAGUAGAAAAGGAAUAAGAACGUGGAGUAUGAAGGCAUCAAACCCCACAAAAGAAAGGAAAGAGGGACAAGAGGAAAACUGUAAGGGUGGAUGGAGGUACAAAGAAGGGAGAAAAUAAAUAAAACCUGAAUGAGGAUAAAAGGAAAUGAAGGAGAAGGAAACAAUAAAGGAAACAGCACACAGACUGAAUCUGAGGGAGGAACAAAAAGUGAAGAAAUAACUGACAAAGAGAAGGAAUGAAGGAAAGGUGGAGUGGGAGGGUGUGAGGAGAUAAGAGCGGGCAGGAAGGAGGCUGCAUGUUUGCUGUAAUCAUCCCCGAUUUAAACAAACAGCCUCUGCAGGUCGAGAUACUCGAGUACUCGCCCCCCUCUUCCUGUCAGAGUUUGCUCACGCUGAGCCCAACGCUCAGGCUGCUCAACACUCAGUUUAUCACAGUUUGUUCCCCUCCUGGGUCUGUAUGAUGUCAUAGAGAGGGGAUGUCCAUAUAUGGCCUCGCUGAUGGGAAACCCCGCCUGAAGCAUGCAUGAAGCAUGAAACCUGCUCUGAGUGUGUUGGCUCAGGGGGAGGAGCUAACGCAGCGUCCCUCUUUAGGCAGUGGGUGAACAGUGGUGGUGAUGACGCCGAGGCCCAGAAUAAGAGGGGGGAUUAUUACGAACUGGGGUUGGUGCAAAGCCACUCUAGGAGAGAGCUGAAAUAAGCAGGCUUUGCAUUUCCGAUGGGAUGCUUUCAGCGGGACGCAUGCUUUAAGAAUUUACUCCAACCCCCGCCCACCUGGAGGGGGCGUGGCUCAAAGCAUUUGUUUUCAUCACUUUCUCUUGAUUCUCAUUUGAAUUAUUUUUUGAAAGAACAUAAAAUCAUUCACUGUUUGAGCAUCUUCGUCUCCUAGCAACAGACUCCUGUCUGAAUCUUUUUGGAUGUAAACAACAACUUCACACAAAACCUCUGACAGCUGUUAUUACUGGGUUUGAUCACUGAGGCGUCCUCCUGCAUUAUGGACGAGUCUGCGUUGGAGCGAUACUUCGAUAAGUUCAUCGCUAACGACCCCAGGAGGACAGAGGAGGUCGGCGAGGAGGUCGGCGAGGAGGAGCUGUUCUUUAAGUUGUUGCCUGAUGAGCUCCUGACACUGAACACGGUCACCUGUGACGAUGCAGACAGAAUCUGUAAGGAGGAGGAUCUGACUGCAGAGAGCGGGAUCGCCGGCACGCAGUCACGAGGCAGCAGCUCCCAGAAGUCCUCAGCAGAAGCUAAGCCCACAUGUGCGUCCUCCUCGUCUGCACUGAAGGCCCUUCCUGUUGAACCCGGAACCUCGGAGGACCCCGAGACACUGCAGGAGAAGUGGUCGAAUCUCGUCCCAGUGAUAUGUAACGUCAUCUCCACAGUGGACCUGGGCUGCUGUUUGGACCUGAAGUUCAUUGCUCGCAGGAUGUGGAACGUGCAGUACAGACCGAAGUAUUUCACAGGGAUCAUCGCUAGGAUCCGGGAGCCAAAAGCAACAGCGACCAUCUUCCGAAGUGGGAAAAUCAUCUGCCUGGGAACCAAGAGUGUGGAGGAGUCGCGCCUGGCAGCCAGGAAGUUUGUCCGCAAACUGCAGAAGUUUGGCUUUCCCGUGCGCUUCCUCAACUUUAAGAUCCGGAACAUUGUAGCCUUCUGCCAGACCUUUCCAGUGGAUUUAGCAGAACUGCAGAAGGUCCACAAAGGGCAGUGCAGUUAUGAGCCAGAGCUGCACAACCGCCUCAUCCUCGACCAGAUCACCGGCAUCAGAGUGUCCUUCCUCUCAGCCCGGUGCAUAAACGUGUGCGGAGCUAAAACCAGGGCUGAGGUCGAUGAAAUCUUUCACACCGUCUGCAGAGUCCUGAGAGAGUACAGGUGGGAGCGAACAUGCAGCGGCGCUUUGACUUCAAAGCCGAACUGAUGUUAGAGGCAGACAUGAAUAAACUGACGCGUGAGCGCCACUGCA